AAAAACAAUAAAUAAUUGACUGUAUUUGACAACUUAACCUCAAAAAAAAGCACUGUAUCGAAAAUCAUCAGCAUGUACUUUGUCAUAUUCAUUUUGGGUGCAAAACAAAAUGUGAUUGUUCCACAUUCGUGGAUCAAUGACAUUGAACUAUACCUCGAAGAAUUUAUGAAUAACGGCGUGCGAUCAAAUACAAAGUUCAAAACAUUUUGGUCUGAAGAAGAAGAGGCUAUGAGCGCUGAUGGUAUUCCACUGGCGUCGUACAUGCCUAUUCGGUUCGACACAUUGGCUAUGCGUAGACGUGUGUUCAGAUUUCCAGAGGAAGGGUGGUAUGACUGCAAAAUUCGACACGUUAAUUUGAGUUUUGCCGAGGCGGUAUCGUAUAACAAGAAACGUCGACGUACUUCACCUGUAUGUUACAAUCCUGCAAAAAUGUGCAGACCAAGAUCAAAUGGUGGAUCGCGUUCAAAGGCCACAAGAUUGGCAAGUUUUUUCGGAAGUACCGCCCGAUCAACGCAACGACAAUCAACAUUGAAUGAUUUUAUUAACACAGUGUCUGCCACCUCUGUUAAUUCAGAAGAGUCUAGAGAAGUGACUACGUCAACGAUGGUCACAACGCAUGCUGAUGAUUUUACUGUCGAAACAUUUGUUGAGUUUGAUUAUGAUCAAAACCUAGAUACCCAUGAGCAAAACGUUGUAUCCGGCGAUGCUACCAGUGCUCAAAACGGUCUAGAAAGCGGUCCUUCAAGUGGUUCCAGCAACGUGCAUGAUGAAACUGACACUAAAUCAGUAUAUCAAGUACCAUCUCAACCGAUAUUCAGUUAUUCUGAUGUGCAUGCUGCAGAAAUAGAGCAGCUUAUGCAAAACCAUCUGGCAAGCUCACGUCGAAAUUCAGAGCAAGUCGAAAACAUACAAGUUCAGCCUUCAGCUCAGUUUCAACCGAAUCAAGAAUCGAACAGCCAAGUGCAAGACACAGCGAACAGCAACAUUCCAAGCCAAGUUCCACAAGCUCAAGUUCUUGCUCAGGUUCAAGUGAAUAUACAACAGAACGACAACUACGAGCUAGACUACGAGAGCGAUGAAGACGAUUUCUUGAUGAUUGAUGAAAUUAUGCCCCGUCCACUACAUUCAACGGCACAAGGUUUGGUGAAACACAAAGACGAUGAAGUAUCAGGAGAUAUGCCCUACAUAAUAACGAAACGUGGACGUGUCUAUGAAAUUGGGGGUAAACUCAUCGAGAUAAAUGUUGAUGUUUUGAAUACACUGAAGACAUGGAAUUCACAUGAAGAAGGUGAUUCGCGCAAUGAUACAUCUUGUGAUUUUCGAUUUGCUCUGACUGCUCUUCUUUCGAUUCUAUCGCCCGAUAAUGUGAAGAAAGGAGAUUUUGACCGUGAAGCUAUGAAUUUUCUCACCGAUUUGUUAAAGUUGCGAACAGACAACAAUCAAGAACGGAUUGAAAACUGCAAACAACAGAUUUUGAAUUAUUUGAUCGAGCAGCGAAAGACUUCUUGAGAAUCAGACACACAACUCCAAAUCAGACACACAAC